GGACCAUAUCGAUUUGGACACGGACCACCCAUUUAUAGCCCGCCCAUUUGACAUCUCUAUGUCGGAUGACUCCAGCUAUGAUCUGGAAACAACCGAUAUAAAGUUCUCAGAAACCACUAUGCAAAGAAAAUAAUUUUUUUUUAAAACACUAUCUUGUUUCAAAAGACGUGAAAGGAACUAUCAAUCAUUAUAUACGACUUAGAUGAUUGAUAAAAUUGAAUAUCUGGUUAAUUUUCAAUUGAAUAUCUGGUUAAAUUUCAAUUGAAUAUAAGUACGCACAAAUACAUUCAUACUUAACAAUUUAACAUACACAUUGUGGAUAUAUUUAGGGUCCCACCAAAUAAUGAGCAUGCGUGCAUUACAAGCACAUAAACCCCAUGGGCUCGAAAAUGAUGUACUCGUUUUAGGCCCAGUUCGAUAAUUUGAUUUUUGUUUAGAAAAAAAAAAACUCGGUGGUUCCCUCUUCUUGGCGCACAUCCCAAACCAAAUGGCGCGUAAAACUGUGCUAAUUGCCUGGUACAGUGAAAUGAUUAGAUCUCUUCAAGUCAAAAGUCAAACACUUUAAAUAGUAAAAAGAAAACCAAAAUUUUGAACCAAAAUAGAAACGGAGAAUUUUUCUUUCCAACACGACUUCCCUCCAUAACACAGAGAGCCCUUUUCCAAGUUUCGGAAAAUUUUUAGAACCAUCCUCAAAACCAAAAAUUCCCUCCAUAGAAACGAAAACUUCAAAAACAAAUCUCAGAUCUAUGAACUUCCAAAUCUGGUUCAAAGUCCCUCCUAUUCACACACUUCAUAUACAGUUCUUCAGUUCCUCCUAUCCUCAAGCCCAUCUCUCUCUCUCUCUCUACUCUCCUUCUCUCUCUAUCUCUGUAGUUGUACAUUAAUGGCGGCUCUCGAUCUAAAAGCUCAAAACGACAACAAAGAGAAUGUCUCGCCCUCGGCGAUGACCAUUACUUCUGUCAAGCCUCUGGAUUCUUCUUCAUCCAUUGAUAAAGAGAAAACCCAAAUCAGAAUCAGGAGAAAGAGAUCUAGAAGACAGCCUCUUAAAGACAUCACCAAUCUAUUUGUCUCAUCAUCACCAUUGUCCUCUUCGUUUCUGAUUCGUCACUUCCCCUCUUCUCCGACUCUAUCAGUUGAUCCCAAAUGCAUGAAGAGAAGAUCUGUUGUUGCUCUCAAGGCUUCUUCUACCUUCUCUUGUAGAAAUUUCAGAUGAUUUUUAGAAUUGGUUUAUAUAUUGGGUUCUUUUCCAGUUUUUGGAAUUAUGUAUCAGUUUUUAGUUAAGUAGCUAGCUUUCAUGUACUCAACACACGAGAUAUGUUUCCAUGAGUAUACUGGUUUCUCAAUUAUUACGAUUCUUGCGGAAUUUCUGUCCAGCGUCAUUAUAAUUAUGCUCCUAACUUCAACAUAUGAAACUGUGAACAUUCGAAUUGUGAUCUGGUCUUUCUGACUAGCUCUUG